GGUUGAGAAGCGUGUAUCGUCGAGGUCUUAAAAGCCCUAACGUAGCUCGCUGCAAGCGCAGUAAUCCACCCUCCGAGAGCAAGCGAACAUGCUGCACUGACUCGAGUCCUUCGGUGCUCGAUAUCUCCCUCCCUCACGAGUGUGUUUUUCACGGCGCGUUUACAAGUGGUUGUUUCGGGUGUGCUUCGAUCGCCUUAAAGUUCGACGACGGUUGUUCGGCGAUAUGUCGGCCGCCAAAAGCGUCAAGCUGUCGAGGAGUCGACUCAUCGUUGCUGGCCUCAUGCUCGUGGCUCUCGUGCAGCCCUGCUGGCCGCUGGCGCUCACGACCUUUGGCAAGAGCAAUCCCCAGAACAAUCAGCAGAGUCAAAAUAACGACAGGAAGGAUGGCGAAAGUGAGAGGCAGUUGUCAGCUCCGUACGAGCAACACUCGAAAAAGGACGUAGCGAGAUUUCCGAGAUGGGUGCGAGGCGGCACGCAAUUUUUGUUCAUUAAAAAAAAGAAAAAAAGAGUCCAAGCUCGGGAGUGCGCCUCGGAUUCCGAGUGCGCCGGCAUCAAGGGGGCCUCCUGCCUCGACAGCAUAUUCGCCAAGGAUAACAAACGACGCUGCCUCUGCGGUGACUACCGCGAGCCUCGCAACGGCCUCUGCGACAACCAGUACAAAAGUGCGAAGGUGCUGUGCAACAACAACGACGAGUGCACCCCGGGGGCUCAAUGUAUGUUGGGCAACGAUACGAGCUUGCCUGGCAGGCGCUGCUGGUGCUUGUCGGGCUACGAAAUUGACGAGGAUCGCCAAUGCAGUGGCACUCCGGUAUCGUUUAGCAUUUCAGUAUUAUGGUUACUGGUUGGUCUACUGAUAACUGGAAAUGCCUAGGCUCAAAAUCAGCCAAUGUCACAGAGCGCAACCGUAUCGUUGAAUACAAUAAGAAAUUAAAAAAUUAGACAAUUGCAACGAUAGAUAGAUUAAUACAAAGAACAUAAAUGUUAUGUUUAUUGUACGAACUCAAAUUAUGUUAUAAGAUUUUGUUAAGAAUAUAACAAAAUAAUUAAUCGACGUACUUAUAAAAGUAUCAAAAAUUUCAUUAUAUAUUUAAAACAUGAACCAAUGUUGCCUUCUGCAUAAAAUUGUCUAAAAUCCAUUUUACGAAAAUUCAUGUCUAGUUGUACACAAAAAAACUCGUUCGAUUCACACGAUUACAUUACAAAAUAUUUUCAUAGAUUUAUAACGUUUGUACUUAGACGGUGAGCUGCUUCAGUGUAUAAUAUAUCUCUUUUAAAAUAAAACAUCACGGAUUUGGUUUAAAACCAGAAUUCGAUUAUUUUAGAUAAUCGUGUGGUUUGCACUCAUCAAUUAUCUUUGAAAAUUUAUAUUAUAAUAAUGAUGUAAAAAACAAUAAAGUUCGAGUUUAAAA